AUGCUUGCCUCUCAGAGCAGGAAGAAAAGUUAUGCAAAUCCAAAAUGCAGAAAUAUAGAGUUUCAGGUAGGAGAUCAUAUCUUCCUACAAGUAUCUCUAAUGAAAUGGAUUAAAUGUUUUGGGAAAAAGGGCAAGUUAUGCCCUAGAUUUAUAGGACCUUUUGAGAUUCUUAAGAAAGUUGGAUUGGUAGCUUAUCGUCUAGCCUUGCCUCCAACCUUGUUAGCAGUGCAUAAUAUAUUUGACAUCUCUAUGCUAAGAAAAUACGUUUCAGACCCAACACAUGUCCUGAGUUAUGAAACUCUAGAGCUGGAACCAAAUUUGUCAUAUGAAGAGCAGCCAGUGCAGACCCUUGACAGAAAGGAUAAAGCCCUUCUAAAUAAGACAAGAUCUUUGGUGAAGGUACUCUGGAGAAAUAGCAAGGUGGAGGAAGCUCCCUGGGAGUUGGAGUUCGAUAUGAGGGCUCAGUAUCUAGAGUUAUUCAAGUUAGAUUUUAGGGAUGAGAUUCUUUUAACCGAGGAAUAA